UUAUAAAUCUCAUAAAAAAUUUCAAUUUUCCUAUAUGCUUUUAUACUUGUGAAUAAUAUUUUUUAAUGUACUGCAAAUUAUGUAACUUAGUUUUAAGUGAGUAAUAUUGAAAUAAAAAGUUUAUAAAUCUCAUAGAAACACAUGUAUUGAUCGUUUCAGUCUUGACAUUAACUUUGUCGUGACAAGAAAUCAAUGUGUUAUCAAAGCACUGAGUGAUUUGAUUGAAAAAAAAGACAUGUUUAUCCUACAAAUCAUGAUAGGAACUAAAAUUAAUUAGCCAUGAAUAAAUGACGUAAGGAAAAUACUGUACUGCGUAAUGUUGGAUAUCUCCGGUUCGAUCAAAACCAUUACAAAAACAUUGAAUAUAUUGUAUAUUUGCAUAUACAAUCUUGUAAUCUCUGUGUAUGUAAAAUGUAUAUUUAUUCUCCUCAUUAGAUGAGAAAUUAUGAUUGAAACAUAAAUAAUUAAUGGAUACUUAAUAAAAUAUUAAUACAUGUUCCGUUUUCUUCUUACUCUUAGCUAUAAAGAGAUUUAGUUCAAAUUAAAUUUACCUAUGCAUAAAAAAAUCUUUAGAGAAAAAUAUUAUCUAAAGCAAAUAAAACGUUGAACAUUACCGAUCUCAUUUAUUUCUCAUUCUGUUUUUCUUGAUUACAUUGUAGAUAAUAUGAUUAAGGAUAUGAUAAUCAUAAUUUCCGUAAUUACUCUUGUGCAAAAAAAUAAUAUAUAUCAUCAUCAUUGCAAAUCGGCAAAGCACAUAGCAAAGUGUCUUUGUAAUACAAGUGUUAUUACUGAGUUUAUUAUAGAUACGUUAAGCGUAAUCAUCCGAAACAAUGAACGGAGUGAUUUGGAACAAGAUGAAGAAGGUUUUCGUACCAAUUUCUAGCGUGCCAAUGUUUGCCGUGAUGCAACAAGAAUAUCGUAGACAAAGUCGAGCACUGGAAACUCACAAUUUCCAACUGCAAAACUUGACUCUAACAGCUUUCGAGGAACCGUAUUUCCUAGAAUUUUAUGAUAAUGAUAUGAAAGUUACAGGACUCUGCGGUGAAUUAUGGACUUUUCUUUCAGAAAAAUUGAAUUUUACAUUACAACCUGUAAGAUCAAAUGAAACAAGUCUCGGUGCAUCAGCUAGGAACCAAACUAUUUUUCCACAUGGAUUAUUAAACGUAAUUUCACGCAAUGAAACUAUCGCAAUACCCAAAGUCGGAAUGCACAGUGUUCGACUUAUAGCUACUGAUUUUACAAUGCCUUUAUGGAUGAACAGCCAACGAUUGUAUAUUCAAAAUGAGGUAGUACACGACAAAACAUGGAUGGCAAAUGUGUUUUCCUGGAAAAUAUGGUGUUUAAUAUUGGUUAUGCAUUUAUUAUUGAGCGUAUGCAGUUUUUGGUCACAAAUGGUUUUUGCGCGGAUAAAUAAUACCAGACACUCGGCCAUCAGCGAUCAUAUUUUUUAUAACUUUGGAAUGAUCUGCAAUCAAAGCUACAUUCCUAAUGUUCUCAAUGGAAGAUCAAGAAUAAUAGAAACAUCACUGGGCCUCUUUUGUUCUAUAUUGUACAUGUCAUUUGGAGCUUUGUUAUUUAUUUGUAUAGCAAGAAGAAUUCAUAUUAUGCCGCCAUUCAAUAAUCUAAACUCUUUAAUAAGUGAUACUACAUAUGAUGUUGUCGUCUUAAAAGGUUCUACCGGAGAUAUUGCAUUAAAAGUAAUUCCUGACCAAGUUUUUGCACAAGUAAGAAGUGCAAAACGCUUUGUUGUUGCAUCAACAAUUGAAGAAGUGUUUAAAUUAGCAUGUAUGAGCGGUAAAAAAAAGUAUACCAUAUUCUACGGCGAAGAUGAAUAUAAAACAAUAGAUCAAACUAAAUGUUAUUUAACUCCAGUUGGAGAAUCCUACUUGAAGAUGUGGAUAGCUUCCGGCAUUGUAAAAAACUUUAAAUACAAAAAGACUAUCAAUCUCGGGAUACUCAGAUUAAAAGAAGUUGGAUUGUGGAAUGCAUUAAUAAGUCGUUGGUUGAUAGAAAGACACCAACACACCAACGAUGUCACGACUACGGAAGCAAUUGGGAUGGAUCAAGUUUCUUUAAUAAUUUUCAUGAUGUGCUGUGGAAUGUUAAUAGCUUUUAUUAUUUUCAUAAGUGAAAAAAUUGUACAUGCUUAUAAAUGCAAGCUGUAAUUUUUUAUUUAUAGUAUCACGAAUAUAUUUUACAAAAGAUUUAUUUAUCAGUAGUUAUUUAAAUCGUAUUAAAAAAUUGUAUUAAAUUUAUACCAUAAAUAUUAAGUUACAAUUAAUACUGUAAUACUCCAAUUAAAAUUAUAAAAAAAACAA